CACUCCUGGAGGGGACAGUGUAGGACCGCACCCUUCAAAGCCAGGCCAGGCAGUCAGCAACCACAGCCAGGACCGCUCCACCCCUUGGGGCUCUCCUCGAGGAAGUGCCUCCUAAGCUUCCAACGCAUUCCGGCUACGGAGUGUGGCUGCCCCAGUCUCCUGUCUCCCGCUGUAGCGGAAUUCCAGCCUGGCCCGCAGCUAGCCCCCUCUGCAGCUCCAAGAGUGGUAGGAGCAGGGGGUGCUGAGUUUGCCCCCCCUCAGGAGGAAGGGAGGAAUCCCUCCCUGCCAGUGGGAGGGGUUGCAGCCUGCGCUUCCCCUCCCCACCCGCCAGCCCUGGGUUAAAUGCGGCCGCCGCCUCUGCGUGCUCCAGCUGCCUGGCAGUCCCCACCUAGGGCAGGCUGCCACGCCAUUACCUGGUCCAAGUGCCCGGGUGGCUCCGCCUGUCGGCUUCGCUCUGCAGCUGCAUCUCUGAUCUGUCCCGCAGACUCAGGCUUUGACACUUCCAUUCUCUGUUCCUAAGCACCAUGAGAGGCCUUUGCUGGCCUGUGUUGCUGCUCCUUCUUCAGCCCUGGGAAACCCAGCUCCAGUCUGCAGGUCCCAGGUGUCACACUGGGCCCCUGGAUCUGGUGUUCGUGAUUGACAGCUCCCGCAGCGUGCGCCCUUUCGAGUUCGAGACCAUGCGGCAGUUCCUCGUGGGCCUUGUCCGCGGCCUGAACGUGGGUCCCAACGCCACGCGCGUUGGUGUUAUCCAGUACUCGAGUCAAGUGCAGAGUGUCUUCCCUCUCGGCGCCUUCUCGCGCAGCGAGGACAUGGAGCGAGCCAUCCGCGACCUGGUGCCGCUGGCGCAAGGCACCAUGACAGGACUGGCAAUCCAGUACGCCAUGAACGUGGCCUUCAGCGUGGCCGAGGGUGCGCGCCCGCCGGAGGAGCGUGUGCCGCGCGUCGCUGUCAUCGUAACGGACGGGCGGCCUCAGGACCGCGUGGCCGAGGUGGCGGCUCAGGCGCGCGCCCGUGGCAUUGAAAUUUACGCGGUGGGGGUGCAGCGCGCGGACGUGGGCUCCUUGCGCGCCAUGGCAUCGCCCCCGCUGGACGAGCACGUCUUCCUCGUAGAGUCCUUCGACCUCAUCCAGGAGUUCGGCCUACAGUUCCAGGGCCGGCUGUGUGGGAAGGACUGGUGUGCUGAAGGGAGACAUGGCUGUCAGCACCAGUGUGUCAACGCCCCGGGCACGUUCCACUGCGCCUGCUACCAGGGCUACAAGCUAGCAGCAGAUAACAAGAGCUGUCUGGCCAUUGAUCUGUGUGCUGAAGGGACCCAUGGAUGUGAGCACCACUGCGUCAAUUCCCCGGGCUCCUAUUUCUGUCGCUGCCAAGUUGGCUUUGUCCUCCAGCAAGACCAGAGGAGCUGCAGGGCCAUUGACUACUGCAGCUUUGGGAACCAUAGCUGUCAGCAUGAGUGUGUUAGCACCCUUGGUGGACCACGGUGCCACUGCAGGGAGGGCCACGACUUGCAGCCCGAUGGGAGGAGCUGUCAGGUCCGGGACCUUUGCAAUGGCGUGGACCAUGGCUGUGAGUUCCAAUGUGUGAGCAAGGGCCUCUCCUUCCGCUGCCUGUGCCCUGAGGGGCGGCAACUUCAGGCAGAUGGCAAGAGCUGCAGCAGGUGCCGGGAAGGUCACGUGGACCUUGUUCUGCUGAUUGACGGCUCCAAGAGCGUGCGUCCACAAAACUUCGAGCUGGUGAAGCGCUUCGUGAACCAGAUUGUGGACUUCCUGGAUGUGUCCCCCGAGGGCACGCGUGUGGGGCUGGUGCAGUUCUCGAGCCGCGUGCGCACCGAGUUCCCUCUGGGCCGCUACGGCACCGCAGCCGAGGUGAAGCAGGCGGUCCUGGCCGUGGAGUACAUGGAGCGCGGCACCAUGACAGGGCUGGCGCUGCGGCACAUGGUGGAGCACAGCUUCUCCGAGGCACAGGGUGCACGGCCCCGUGCCCUCAACGUGCCUCGCGUUGGUCUGGUCUUCACUGACGGCCGCUCCCAGGAUGACAUCUCGGUGUGGGCAGCGCGUGCCAAGGAGGAAGGCAUCGUCAUGUACGCCGUGGGCGUGGGCAAGGCGGUGGAGGCGGAGCUGCGCGAGAUCGCCUCGGAGCCAGCAGAGCUGCACGUGUCCUAUGCCCCGGACUUUGGCACCAUGACGCACCUGCUGGAGAACCUCAAAGGCAGCAUCUGCCCAGAGGAGGGCAUCAGCGCCGGGACAGAGCUUCGGAGCCCCUGUGAAUGCGAAAGCCUCGUGGAGUUCCAGGGCCGCACGCUGGGGGCGCUCGAGAACCUGACGCGGAACCUGGCCCAGCUGACCGCGCGCCUGGAGGAUCUGGAGAACCAUCUGGCCAACCAGAAGUGAGGGCCACUCGGGCUGGGGCGCGGCCCCACGGACCUUGCCCGCUGCGCGCCAUCGGGGCGCCGGGGCCAGGCAGAACCUGGGCCAGUCGGGAUUGGGCUGUCCGGGCGGAGGCGCUGGCGGGCUUCCCGCGUUGCGCUGAGCUGGCCUCGCCGGGACCAGAAGGCGGACUGCGGGGGUCACGGGGAUAGCGGGUGGUGGGGGAAGGGGCACGUGCCAGACCGGCACGCCCUUGCCGCGUGCUGCUCUCAGUUCUUUGUUGGAUUUGUUUGUUUUCUUUUUCUUAAAAAAAAAAAUCUGAUUUCCAC